GUCUGGGCUGCGCUGGUUGCUGCUUCUCUGCUGCCAGCGGCCGAGUAAACAUGGAGCUUUCAGCCGUCGGGGAGCGGGUGUUCGCGGCCGAGGCCCUGCUCAAGCGCCGCAUCCGCAAAGGGCGCAUGGAAUAUCUCGUGAAAUGGAAGGGCUGGUCUCAGAAGUACAGCACCUGGGAACCCGAGGAAAACAUUCUGGAUGCCCGGCUGCUUGCAGCCUUUGAGGAAAGGGAACGAGAAAUGGAGCUAUACGGCCCCAAAAAGCGAGGCCCCAAACCCAAAACCUUCCUGUUAAAGGCACAGGCAAAAGCAAAAGCCAAAACCUAUGAAUUCCGCAGUGACUCUGCCAGGGGGAUCCGGGUGCCAUAUCCUGGUAGAUCACCCCAGGAGCUGGGCUCCACGUCCCGGGCUAGGGAAGGACUGAGAAACAUAGCUCUGCCCGCCCAGGGCAGUCCCAGCACCUUGAGGGGUGAGAGCAUCCGGGACCGGGUUGGGAGAAUGGAAGAGAAACCUGGAGAGAUCCCUAAAAAGAGAGGCCCAAAGCCUAGGAAAGAGCAUUACAAGGACUUGCCAGAGGCUCUGGAUGUCUCCAAGAGGAAAUUAUGUGAGCCAGGGGACAAGAUUGGGGACUACCUCAAAACCCGGAAAAUAGAGGAGGCCGUUCCUGGGGUAGCGAAGUUUGGCUCAGGACACAGUGUGAUCCAGCUAGCCAGGAGGCAGGAGCCUGACCUCUCUGGUGCCAUGUCCAACCCCAAUAGAGCAGAGGCUGGCAUGAAGCUGGGAGCCUCAGAGACUUACCCACCCAGGGUCACCAAGCACAGGUCAGACUUUUUGGACCCCAAGGGGCAAGAUGGAUUGGACCCUGGCGGCCCUAAGAUCAUGCACAGCUCUGCAAACCAGGGCUCUGUGGGAAGCUUGUACAGAGACAGUGUGGGGACUCAGUCUGGCAGACCCUCCCUCAUUGCCAGAAUCCCUGUCUCCAGGAUUCUGGGGGACCCGGAAGAGGAGUCCUGGAGCCCAUCUCUCAACAACCUGGAGAAAGUGGUGGUGACUGAUGUGACAUCUAACUUUUUGACCGUUACAAUUAAAGAGAGCAGCACGGACCAAGGAUUCUUUAAAGAAAAGCGAUGAGUGUUUGCAGGAUAGAUCCAGAGAGAUAAAAGCUUGGUUAGAGCUUGGUGGUUUUUUUUUCCAGGACAGGACCUAGAAACUGUCUUAAUUCUUUCUGCUUGCAUUUUUUUUUCUCUAGUUUUCUGUUUCAUUGAAAGAUUAUCUCUAGAGUUAUAUUU